CUGUUCCGGGUCUCCCGGAGCUCUCACAGGCAUGGAGCCCACGGGGCGCUGCGCUGCCCCGGGAGGGAAGGGGGCUCCGGGGGGGUUUGGUGGGGGACAGUUCCUCAAGCCCUAUGACAGCUUCAUCCGCACCCACCUGCGCUUCUAUGGCUACUUCCGAGACGACAAGACGGGCAGGGAAGAGACUGCCGUGUCCCCGGGGAAACCCUCCAGGCUGCAUCCCACGGCAUCCACCAUGGGCAACACCAGCGCUGGCUGGCAGCAAGGUCCUGGGCAUGAGCCAAACCCCCCCAAGGUGGUGGAGCAGACCCCCCAGCAGGGCAGGCCGGCCCCCUCAACGCACCCCUGGAGGUCUCCAGGAGAACCACAGGCUCCAUUCUCCUUCCCACCUCCACGCUGGCCUGUGGAGUGUGAAGUCAUCCAGGAGAGGAUUGAGCACAUCGAGUGGGUCCCCCCCAAACCAGAGCCCUUUUGCCCACCCAUGGACCCAGAGCAGACCCUGCACACCCCUGGUGAGGAGCAAGGCACCAUCAUCUACCACUCCAGCCCAGCGCUCCAAGGCUCCUGCUUUAUCCGUGCUCGGGUCGGGGGGGCCCCAGGGCCACUCUCCUCACCAGCAGUCCCCUUGGAGGGUCCCCACGACACCACGCUGCUCUUCGAGUCCCGCUUUGAGAGUGGGAACCUCCAGAAGGCCAUCAAGGUGGGUCCCUACGAGUACGUGCUGAUGCUGCGGCCAGACCUGUACACGGCCAAACACACACAGUGGUUCUACUUCCGUGUCCAAAACACGCGGCAGGAGCCGCUCUACCGCUUCACCAUCGUCAACAUGGCCAAGCCCAAGAGCCUCUUCGGCCAGGGCCUGCAGCCACUGCUCUACUCCCAGCAGGAUGCCCAGAGCCAUGGCAUAGGCUGGCGCCGGGUUGGGACCGAUGUCCGCUACUACCGCGGCGGUGCGGGGGAGCCGCCGGCGUUUCGGCUCAGCUGGACGGUGCGCUUCCCGCACGAUGGUGACACGUGCUUCUUUGCCGCCUGCUACCCCUACACCUACUCGGACCUGCAGCGCUACUUGCACGCGCUGGCGGCCGACCCGGUGCGCUCGCGGUACUGCGCAGUGCGGGCGCUGUGCCACAGCCUGGCCGGCAACACCGUCUACCUGCUGACCAUCACCAGCCCGGGCAGCACGGCCGGCAAGCGGGCGGUGGUGGUGAGCGCCCGCGCCCACCCCGGCGAGAGCGGCGGCUCCUGGGCCAUGAGGGGGUUCCUGGAUUUCCUGCUGAGCACCCACGCGGACGCGCAGCUCCUGCGCCGCCUCUUCAUCUUCCAGGUGGUGCCGAUGCUCAACCCCGACGGGGUGGUGGUGGGCAACUCCCGCUGCUCCCUGGCGGGACGGGAUCCCAACAGGGCCUACAGGAUGGCGCUCCCCGGCUCCUUCCCCGGCGUGUGGCACCUGCGGGCCAUGGUGCAGAGGGUGCUGGCGGAGCGGGAGGUGGUGCUGUACUGCGACUUCCAUGGGCACAGCCGCAAGAACAACAUCUUCAUGUACGGCUGCGAUGCCGGCGGGGACGGCACCGGGACGCGGCUGCAGCAGCGCGUGUUCCCCCUGAUGCUGAGCAAAAAUGCCCCCGACAAGUUCUCUUUCUCCAGCUGCAAGUUCCAGGUGCAGAAGAGCAAAGAGGGGACAGGCCGGGUCUCCAUGUGGCGCCUGGGUGUCUCCCACAGCUACACCCUAGAAGUGGCUUUCAGUGGCUCCACGCUGGGUGGGAGGAGCUCCCACUUCAGCGUGGAGGACCUCAAGUCGCUGGGCCGCCUCCUCUGUGACACCCUGCUCGACUUCUGCGACCCUGCGCCCACCAAGCUCCAGCAGUGCCUGGGGGAGGUGGACGCGCUGCUGCGACGGCAGAUGGGUCGUGAGCCAGGUUCUGGAGGCAGCUGGAGUGAUGUGUCCCCCUCAGAGCUUGAGUCCAGCACCAGUGGCUCUGACAGCUCUGUGUCCGAUGGGAUCCCAGAUGACUUCCACAGCCCCAGCAGGCCGAUGGAGCCACGCAGGAGGAAGCGGCUGCGGAGACGGAGAGCAAGGAAUGGCCUGCACCGAACAAACCGGAGCCGCACCAGCAUCCCAGCUGGGACCCGCAGGCAUCCAGUUCUUCCUGGUGUCCAGAGUGGAGGUGGCAGUGCGGGAGAGAAGCCCAGAGCCAGCUCCUGUGUCACCUUUCCCAGGGCAGGGAAGGUCAAGGAAGCUGGAGCAGGGAAUGGCCUCCCUGCCAUUGCAGGAGAGGUGCCUGGAGCUGACUCUGGAGUGGCCCUUCCCAGGGCACCUCAAGCAGGGAAUGGCCGCCGUGCCACCAUGGGAAGGCAUCAGCUGGACAGUGGCACAAGCGCUGUGACACGCCGCAAGCCACCACCGAACCCCUGCCAGGGUGGUGCCACCAGUGACUAUUCCCGGGAUCCAUCCGUGGGAACGAUCCUGGGGCCAUCCUGGACACGGGGCAGGCGCAGGCCCAGGGACAGGACUCGCCCCCUCCCCGUCCCUGCAGCGGCCUCACGGUGCUGUGCCUGCGCUCGGCAGUAAAGAUGCUGCCCCCUCCA